UCUUGCAGAACAAGAGAAGAAGAAGAAGGUGGAUUUGGCUGCCAACGCGCUGACGCUCAUCGAAAGGAUCUUGCAGAGAGUGGAGACAACACGUACAUGCAUGAGAACAAGGAGCAGUGGCAGGAGCUCGGGCAAUACUUGACGGUGCUCGCCGGCGCGUUGAACCAGCUGCCACGAUCGGAGAUGAUGAUGCGACGAUGACCAGGGAUAAGGGAGGCCCCUGGACGCCAUGGAAGGCACGUUCCGGCAGGCGUACGAGCUCGUCCGAUCCAGCGAGAAGCGGAGCGGCUUCUCUCGGUUCUUGACGGCUCGGAGAGAGGCACCAAUAAUCCUACCUCUCGCUGUUCCCUGUGAUCAGCCACGCCCGACGAAGUGAGCUAGUUGGUUUCAGUUUUCGGUAUUGAAGCUGUUUGUUGCUUGCGUCGUCCAAACUCAGCUGUUUUCCUGAUCACUGUUACUUUAUGUUACCCUGUAAAGCUCAUUUGAAUAUGCUUCGAGGUUGCACAACAGCAUCUUCUUGCUUUGUUAUUUUCAAUAGGGAAAACAAAUGGGGAUUGAUUCGAUGGUCUUGCCAAAGUAAUAGCUAGCUUUUGUUUUUUUUUUUAAAAAAAAUAUAAGAAAUAGCUAGCUUUCCGAACCAUUAGCCAAGCAACAUUGGAAAAAUUGCUAGCCAUCAUCUCCACACUAUCACCCUGCUCUACUCCAGGUGCAGCAGCCCUUUGCUGAUUUGCUCAGAUAAUGUCUUCCCCUUCCUCUGGCACUAACACUGGCAGCAGGGAGCGAGUUCUUGCGUGAAGGCAAUGUUGAUGAAAGUGAGCUCAAUUCGGCUUUAUCCAAGGGCACCGAUGCUGUGGGGGCUUUUGCAAGGAUGGAGGGGGCGUGGUGUCCACUUUGCCCACUCGACAUGGGUUGCAGCAGAUGCUUCUUCUAGUGUUUAGGUUCUUCCAAUGCUGAAUGGUACAGCAUGGUCUUCGGAAACUUCCUGUGAAUGGAGAAUUUGCUCACUCAGGGUACGACUGCUGGCAUUUAUGGUUUAAUGUUUUUGAAUUCUUGUAUUUUUUUUUGAACGACAAGCAGGAGUUCUGUCUGGCAUAUCAAGCAAUUCUUAUAUUUUUGCAUUUUGGAAAGUAGACAUCUUCACACCUACAAUGCUUGAGGGCAAGUUCCCAAAUUGACGGAAAUCAGUCUGUGUGUAGGUUCUAAAACAGAUGGUACAACACCAUUUGUAAAACUGCUUGUCAGAGGUCCCUUUCAUGCUCUGUUUCGAGCAGACCUCAUUAUAGGCACUGAUUUUGGGCUCCUCAUAUUGUUGACAAUAUGGAAAUGUUCUGCAGUGCAGUUGUUUGAGACAGUGCCAGGAAAAUAUAGUGAGCUCGAAGUGUUUGGGAAAUACCACAGCUUGCUAGAGCACGGACAUGAAAUGCCUGGCAGUUUUUGCUUUCCUCUGGUUCAGACUCUGCUAUCAACAGAGUUUAUACUUCAUGUUAGUGUGAUGAACUGAUGAUUCUGUCUUUAUCUUCUAGAGUAGCCAUGCAAGGCUUUGCUGGGAGUGCUUCUUCAAAGGUGAUAGACUGAUGGCUCGCGAGGAACAACAGAUUGGUUUCCUUGUUCAGCACUACCAUUCAUCACCAUGGGCACCACACCAGAGGAAUUCUUCAUCAAGGAUCUUAUGGAGCAGCCACCAUCAUCCCCACCUGUCUUCCUUGACCUUUCCCAGAAGCCCAAUGUCAGCAGUGAGGUCCGACAUCAUGUCCCUAACAAUGACAUGAUGCUCCCUUACAUCUCACGCAUGCUCAUGGAGGACAACAUUGACGAUGAGCUCACCGAUCACCCUGCGCUACUCCAGGUGCAGCAGCCCUUUGCUCAGAUCCUCUCCUCCCCUUCCUUUGGCACUAACACCAACAACAGUGAGGGGCCAAAUGAUUUCUUGUGUGGAGGCCAUGGUGAUAAAAGCGCGCCCAAUUCGCCCGUAUCCAAGGGUACAUAUAUUGUUGGGGAAUCCUUGAAGGACUUGGAAGAAGCGAACACACUCUUGCCCAAAGACAACAAUAUCAGAAGAAAUGAGCUGGUAAAUCAAAUCAGGGAUAGCAACAUUAUUGAUAGUAGGGUCAAGAAAAGGUACAAUAAUGAUAACCUUCUAGAGGAGGAGGUAAGAACUACCAACAAAGCUGUGAUGAUGAUCAAUGAUCUAGAGGAGAAAGGUGGCAGCAAGUUUCUUGACAAAAUGAUGUUGCAUGCCUAUGAGACAUGCAUCAAGGGCAUGGAGCGUGUCACCAUUGACGUGGAGAAGAGAAAUAGGAAGAGCAGGAGGAUCAAAGUGACAAGGAACAAUGGGGUUGACAUACGCAGGUUGUUGAUCUCUUGUGCGCAGGCUCUUGCAGCGGAUGAUCACAUGACAGCGCGUGAGCUACUGAAGCAGAUCAAGCAACAUGCUUCAGCAACAGGGGAUGCCACCCAACGGCUAGCUUAUUAUUUCUCCAAGGGGCUAGAGUCACGGAUACUGGGCACAGGGAGCCAGCUUUGGCAGUUGCUUAUGUUAGAGUACCCCUCUGUUGUGGAGCUCCUUAAGGCCUACAUCCUUUACUCUGAAGCUUGCUGCUUCGUCAAUGUGACGUUCAUUUUUUCAGCAAUGACCAUCUUGCAGGCCAUGGCAGGUAAGAGCAGGUUGCAUAUCGUGGAUUACGGUACACGUUUCGGGUUUCAUUGGGCAGGCUUGCUCCGAUUUAUAGAAAAGGUAUUACUAGAGGUGAGUAGCAGGAAGGGAACUGUGAUUUAUAGAAAAGGUAUUAUUAUAGCAAGGCGGCCUCCUCCAUCCGCGCAGGCCACCUCGCGCCUUAGCGUCCGUCGUGGCGCCGCCGUCCCGUCCCUGGUGGCGGACCUGAUCCAGCAGGCGCACCACGUUGCCGCGCCCACCUCCACCACCAUGCAUGGCCGCCUGCCGGACUCCUCCUCAACUUGCUCGGCCCGCGGGCCUCCGCACGCGGCGUCGAGGAGCUUCGAGAGCCAGCCAGCGGCGCAGCCACCAUACCAGUUGUCCGUCGCGCUGCGGACCAUGGUCACCAGCGUGUCCAGCCGCUCCACCUCGCCGUCGUCCGCGCCUCUGCUCGGCGGCCGUCCAGCUUGUCGACCACCGUAG